AUGUCUGAGGUCAGAGUUCGCUACGGCGCCGAUGAAGGAAUUACCUACGGCGGUGGCGGUGGUAGUUCUUCAGUCCAGCACCAAGAUCUUACCUCCAGUAAGCCAAACGAUGAGUAUGAUGACGAUUUAAACACUCCAUACUCAUAUGAUCCAAAUUUCAACGGUCCAGAAGAAGAUAGACACUGCACAGAUUGCUUCUGCCUUAUUUUAUUCUUCGUAGCUAUUGCUGCUAUGCUCGGCUUGUUCUUCUACGCUGUUUCAAUUUCUAAGGUCAACUACUUGUACACACCAACAGAUUACAGAGGCUUCCUUUGCGGUUACGAUAACACGAAGCUCAAUAAAUCCUUGAACAAUUCAAACGGUUAUUCCCUUGAUUAUACAGAUAAGAAGUACUUAUUCUGGUCCAAGCCAGGUACAAAGGCUCCAGAUGGCAAUGUCGUCUCCGAGUGCGUCAAGGAAUGCCCAACAGAAGGUAUCUUCAACUAUUCCGUCUUCCAUAACUACUGGAACAAGCAUUUAGAGGAAAACGAGACAUGCUAUAAGAUCGACAAUGUCACAAUUAGAGCUACAAUCCUCGAUCCUUACGCUGUUGGCAAUAAGAAGUAUGUUUGCCCUUAUAGGACAACACCAUUCCUUCUUAGAUGCACAUCUACAGAGGCCAUCGAGAAAGCCGACUUCUCCAAUAACUCCAAGCUUUGGGACGAUAUCGAAAAGUUCAUUAAUGGUAUCGGAUCUGUUGGUAACGCAUACAGUGACAUCAAGAAGACCUGGAAGCACGUCCUUUGCUUCGCUGUCAUUGCCUUACUCCUUUCCGUUAUUUGGAUCCUCACAUUAAGAUGUUCUGCUGCUGUUUUCGUUUGGAUUGCUAUCAUUGGCUGUUUCGUUGGCCUUGGCUUCUUCACAUGGGCUGCCUAUUAUGUCUCCGGCAUCAAUCCAAACAACAAGUCCGAAAAUACAGACACCAAGUACAAUUUCGCCUUCAACAACAAGACAAACAACCAGAAGGCCUUUACAAUCAUCUUCUACGUCUUAAUUGUUGUCGACAUCAUCAUUCUCCUUCUCUUCAUCUUCCUUUGCCGUCGUAUCAAACUUACAAUUGGAAUUAUCAAGUUUGUUUCCACAGUAUUCGGUGAAGUUCCAAUGCUCUUCUUAUUCCCACUCAUCUUCUUCCUCAUCAUGCUCUGCUGGUGGGCACUUUGCAUUGGCAUCGCUUAUGUCCUCUACGGCGCCGGCACUCUUACAUACGAUGAGAGCAAGAAGACCGACUAUGUCACAAUGGGCUGGUUAGACAUGAAGUACAGCGACGCAAUCAAGUACGGAUCCAUCUACCACUUCUUCAUGUUCCUCUGGGGCACAGCCUUCGUCACAGCCCUCAUGGAGAUGUCCUUCGCCGGUGUUUUCUCCAAGUACUACUUCACUCGCGAGCCACGUGAUGAAAAUGUCGGUCACUGGGUCUGCGCGAAGUCACUUGGCCGCGCAUUGAAGUACCAUAUGGGUUCAUUGGCCUUUGGUUCUCUUUUGAUUGCCAUCUGCCAGUUCAUCCGCGCCUGCCUUGAGUACAUCGACAGGAAGACAAAGGCCGCACAGCAGGAAUCAUGCUUCAUCAAGUUCAUCAUCAAGUGCAUGAAGUGCUGCAUGUGGUGCUUCGAGAAGUUCCUCCGCUACAUCAACAGAAACGCUUAUGUUUUGAUCGCUAUCCAUGGUUACAACUUCUGGCAGGGUGCUUGCAAGGCAUUCGGAUUGAUCUUACGUAACCCAGUUCGCGCAACAACUGUCAACUUCGUUGGUGAUUUCAUGCUCUUCUUGGGAAGAGUUUUCGUUGCUGCAAUCUGCGCUGGUUGCUCCCUUCUUUGGUUCAAGAGAAUCAACAAUCUCUACUACUACUACAUCCCAGCUAUCUUCGUUUUCAUCCUUUCUUACAUCGUUUCUGGAACAUUCACUUCACUCUUCGAGAUGGGUAUCGACUCUUGCUUCAUGUGUGUUCUCGAAGAUGAGGAAAGAAACAAGGGAUCUCAGAGAUUCGCUCCUCCGGAUCUCUUAGAAGCAAUGGAGAAACCAGAAGAAGAAUAA